AUGUCAGCCUUUCAUGUAUUAAAAGGUCCGCCACUGCAAAUCACUUAUCCAAAGUUACUCUUCCCAUCGACAUCCUUCAUCUACGACCUUCUACGACCUUCCCACCGAGCUUCUCCAUCCGAGUGUCUGCAGGACACGGAGGGAAGCAGCUCUCUCCCACUCCAAUUUAUGGUCCACUAUCACCAUCACGACGCACACUUGGCGUUCCUCAGUUGUCGACGGACGCGAGGAAGUACUCCAAUUAUACCUCCAGCGCUCCAGAAAUCAGCCUCUUACUAUCAUCUUCCGCCGACAGAGAGUAACCUUGAUGUCCAACGUCCGGCCAAGAGGGGUGUCAAGCCAGAGUGGUGUCGGGCGCAAACCUUUGUGCCCCUUCUUCGUUCUCAUGACGUUCGGUUGAGGCGCAUUCGCCUGUCGCGCAAGCUCUGUACGGACGGGAACAUUGAGAUGCUGUUUGCUCCUAUGGAUAGUGUCCUACCCAAUCUGAGUGGAUUAAAGAAAACAACCAUCCCAUCCUUUGACCGUGUGCCCAAGUUUUGGAAUUAUUCCGGUUUCUUGAAGGCUCCGAAUCUCACAUCCCUCUCCUUCGAUGACGUUGAGGAGGGAAAUUUUAGCUCUAUUCUAGAGUCAUCGUUUCCCCGAGCCCAGAUCGUUAACGACCUUGCGCAUCAACAUGAAUGGUCUCUCGCUCACCGACAGCAGGGCGCCGAAAUCGAACCUGGUUUCUCGCUUAACAUGGAAGCUAUCAUGCAACGCCUUCACACCAAAACCAUUCAAGGACCUUCACUUCACCAACCUAGAUUCUCUUCUGAUGAUAUAUCACGCAGAAGGUCGUUUCUCAUUCCGCUUCAAGGCUACAGCACAUUACCUUCAUUGCGAUACCGAUCUCAGACAUGGAUAUCAUCAGAGUCCUGCAUGCUCUCCCACAGCUCGCAUCUCUCGUCAUCCACGACCCUAAUCCCAAAGAUUAUGAUCUAUCUGAAGGGUAUUGCCUUGUUUGCCAUAUCCCAUCAACGAACACCUCCUGCACCAGCUUACGGCGCUGCCAUCCAGGAUCUAGAUGAAAGCGCCGUGAUGGAUAUGAUCGAAUCUCGUAGAUGGUGCGAAACUCCCUUAGAACGGGCUACCCUUGAGAAACUCGAGCCGCACAUCAACAUGGCGCCAGCAACACACCAACGUCUGAGGCACCUAAGGAAGGGUAGGCUAGCAUUUUCGGAGUAG